AAAAUAUAUAAAUAUAUAUAAUCAAUCAUGGAUGAACAAGCCCCAGCUCCAGCUCCAGCUGUAGAAGUAUCAACUCAGUUGUUUGUCAGACCAAUCGGUUUUGAUGUUCCUAGAGAACAAUUAGAAGAACAUUUCGCCCCUGCUGGUCACGUUGUUGAUGUCCAACUCAUGAGAGGAUUUGCCUUUGUCAGAUUUGAUAAUGAAGAAGAUGCUACCAGAGCCGUUGAAACUUUAAACGACAGUGAAUUUGACGGUCAAAGAUUAUUAGUUGAAUACGCUAAGGAAAGAAAGGAAGACACCAGAGGUAAAUACCGUGUUAAGCUUACCAACUUGGAAGAUGGUACCGCAUGGCAAGAUAUUAAGGAUUUUGUUAGAGACAAAACCGAUAGUGAACCAAGUUAUGUUAAGGUUUUCAGAAACUACGACACUAAUGAAAUUGUUGGUGCUUUAGAAUUCUCAUCUGCUGAAGAAUUGGAAAAGGCCAUUCCAUUAUUGGACAAGGCUGAAUUCAGAGGUGUUGUUAUCGGUGCCGAAGAAGAUACUUCUCCAUUCAUUCCACCUCCACCAAGAAGAGGUGGAUUCAGAGGUGGUCGUGGUGGCUUCAGAGGUGGCCGUGGCGGAUACGACCGUGGUUUUGACCGUGGUGGAUUCAGAGGUGGCCGUGGUGGUUACGACCGUGGUUUUGACCGUGGUGGAUUCAGAGGUGGCCGUGGUGGUUACGACCGUGGUUUUGACCGUGGUGGAUUCAGAGGUGGUCGUGGUGGUUAUGAUGGUGGAUUCAGAGGCGGUCGUGGUGGCUUCAGAGGUGGUCGUGGUGGAUACGAUAGAGGUGAUGACCGUGGAGACUACCGCAGAGAAGAAAGAGAUUCUUAUGUUCGUGAAAGAUCUCCAACUCGUUUCUAAGAGGAUGUUGCAAAUUAACCAAGGGAAAAUCACAUGAAUCCAUUUGAACAAAAAGAUGUUAUUAUUUUCUAUAUAUUGUUGAGGAGAAGAAGAAGGAGAGUAAAUUAACAACGGGAGCGUGAUUACCUUAUUGUUAUAACGAAUCAAGUUUUUUAUGUUUUAGUGUAUUUUUUAUUUGAAGAAAUGUAUUAUUGUAAAGUUUUGGAAAAAAAAAUUAUUCAAUUGACAAAGAAUUGUUUUGAAUCGAUUGACUAAAUGAUCAUUUUAAAGAGUUUUAUUUAUUUUUUGACCCAAGCAAGCAAAGAAUGAAGCAUUGCCUAGCAUAUCUUCAUUCAUGUUCUAAAUUGUACCCUAUGUCUGAGGAAUAGUGAAGACUUCUAGACCGAGUUUGUAUUGUACUGAUAAUGGACUUUAUGACGAUGUUAUGAUUAGUUUGAAAGGGGCAAAUAGACAAUGUCUCGGGUUUAACGAUUUUAUGAGGUAAUGAGUUUUUGAUAGAUCCUGUAUAUAACGCAUAUGUCAAUAUAGAGAUUUGAAAUUUGUGAGGAAUUGUAGACAGUAGUUGAAUUUAAUAAACGAGCAGUUGAUAUGCUGAAUAGUGCAACUAACCUCAUAAUCAGCUAUGGAGAACAUCGUCUCCAAAAAGUUAAGGUUUUCAAUUAUGAUAAGAAGAAUGAAAAAACCGUAAUUUAUCUUCAUGGAGGUGGAUGGAGAGACCCAAACAAUACAUUUGAUGAUUUCCAAGAACUUGUACAAGCACAAUUGAAUCUUGGCAUCGGGCAAAGUUGCAAUUUCUUUAGCAUAAACUAUCGUUUAUCUCCUGAAGUGAAGCACCCAAUGCAUUUGAUUGAUGUUUUGUCAGCAUUAAAAAAAAUAGAAGAAGUGUACAAGGUUGAACGGACUCUGAUUGUGGGACAUUCCAUAGGUGCUACUCUUAUGCUUCAAUUGCUUAAUAGCAAAGAAAUUAUCCAAAGGGGGUUACUGUAUUUGCAGGAACUGAACCAGGAGGAAGUUAAAAGUGUUGGUAUUAAGUUCGAUCAUUUGGUAUUUCUUGAUGGAAUUUACGACGUGGUUAGCUUAUUAAAGGAAUAUCCUUCCUAUUCGGUAUUUGUUAAUGAAGCAUUCGUUUCCAAGCUUGCUAUCGCAGACGCCACCCAGAUUUCUAUAGCCAAGAACCUACCAUUUGAGUUUGUCCAUGAUAAAACACAAUUUAUUGUCAUUCAAUCAUUACAAGACGAACUCUUAUCUUGUAGACAAACACAGUUGUUUGUUGAUUAUCUUACUGCAAGAGGUCAGCCAGUUACGGUAAGAUUUGAAAAUUUUGGAGAACAUGAACAAGUAUAUAGAAAAGGAUUAACAGAAGAGCUUAAUAACCUUUUAAGUUUAGCUUAGAUAUAGAGUUUAUGCAUAGAUGUUGUCGUAAAGUACUGAACACAUUUCCAAGCAGGCCACACAGAUGAAAAUUUGUCAAAAUUGAUGACCAAAUUUGCUCAAAACUACUUGCUGUUCUUCUAUACCUAAAACUAGGUCCGCCAUUAUAUCUAAAAGUAGCAAUCCUUGAAAGCAUAACAGCAAUCUGGACUAAAUUGUUAGUGGUUUAUUGU